GGUCGCUCGACUCUUCUGUGCAGCAGAUCCUGCUCCUCGGUCCAGCUGUGUCUGCAGUCUCUGGUCAUCUCCUGUCUCCUGUGCUGUGUCCGCAGUCUCUGGGUCAUCUCCUGUACUGUGUCCGCAGUCUCUGGUCAUCUCCUGUACUAUGUCCGCAGUCUCUGGUCAUCUCCUGUACCGUGUCCGCAGUCUCUGGUCAUCUCCUGUACUAUGUCCGCAGUCUCUGGUCAUCUCCUGUACUGUGUCCGCAGUCUCUGGUCAUCUCUUGUACCGUGUCCGCAGUCUCUGGUCAUCCCCUGUACCGUGUUCGCAGUCUCUGGUCAUCUCCUGUACCGUGUCCACAGUCUCUGGUCAUCUCCUGUACCGUGUUCGCAGUCUCUGGUCAUCUCCUGUACCGUGUCCGCAGUCUUCGGUCAUCUCCUGUACUAUGUCCGCAGUCUCUGGUCAUCUCCUGUACUGUGUCUGCAGUCUCUGGUCAUCCCCUGUACUGUGUCCGCAGUC